GUCACAUUGACGUCUCUGAGAUCCAACAGAGUUUCCGAGCUCUGGGCAUUUCCAUCACGCUGGAGCAGGCGGAGAAAAUUCUGCACAGCAUGGACCGAGACGGCACAAUGACCAUUGACUGGCAAGAAUGGCGCGACCACUUCCUGUUGCAUUCGCUGGAAAAUGUGGAGGACGUGCUGUAUUUCUGGAAGCAUUCCACGGUCCUGGACAUUGGCGAAUGCCUGACAGUGCCGGAUGAGUUCUCAAAGCAGGAAAAACUGACGGGCAUGUGGUGGAAGCAGCUGGUGGCCGGCGCAGUGGCAGGCGCCGUGUCACGGACAGGCACGGCCCCUCUGGACCGCCUCAAGGUCUUCAUGCAGGUCCAUGCCUCAAAGACCAACCGGCUGAACAUCCUGGGGGGGCUUCGAAGCAUGGUCCUCGAGGGGGGCAUCCGCUCCCUGUGGCGCGGCAAUGGUAUUAAUGUACUCAAGAUUGCCCCCGAGUCAGCUAUCAAGUUCAUGGCCUAUGAGCAGAUCAAGAGGGCCAUCCUGGGGCAGCAGGAGACGCUGCAUGUGCAGGAGCGCUUCGUGGCUGGCUCCCUGGCUGGUGCCACAGCCCAAACCAUCAUUUACCCCAUGGAGACUUUGAAGAACUGGUGGCUUCAGCAGUACAGCCACGACUCGGCAGACCCAGGCAUCCUCGUGCUCCUGGCCUGCGGUACCAUAUCCAGCACCUGCGGCCAGAUAGCCAGUUACCCCCUGGCCCUAGUCCGGACCCGCAUGCAGGCACAAGCCUCCAUCGAGGGUGGCCCCCAGCUGUCCAUGCUGGGUCUGCUACGUCACAUCCUGUCCCAGGAGGGCAUGCGGGGCCUCUACCGGGGCAUUGCCCCCAACUUCAUGAAGGUUAUUCCAGCUGUGAGCAUCUCCUAUGUGGUCUACGAGAACAUGAAGCAGGCCUUGGGGGUCACGUCCAGGUGAGGGACCCGGAGCCUGUCCCCCCGAUCCCUCACGCCAAGCAUGACGUCCCCCACACCUCAGCCACUGGAGACUGAUGAUCCAACCACAGGAUCCCUACUCUUUGGCCACGAGAAAUCAGUACCCAGAUCCUGGAUUCUAGGCUCCUAUGCCUCAACCAUUGGGUUAUGGGAUCCCAGCACCCAGAUCCUGGAUCCUAGACUCCUAUGCCCCAACCACUGGGUCAUGGGAUCCCCACCCUUCAGCCACUAGAUCCCAGUACCCUAUCUCUAGAUCCCAGAUCCCCUGUAACCAUAACUGUGGAUCCCUUACUUCAGCAACUCAAGUCUGCUACCCUAACCACAAGAUCCAAGAUUAUCCACACCCCAGCCCUUAAUCCCCAUCCCCAAAUCACUGGAUCCUGCAGCCCCACAUCCCAAGGUGGAUCCCACGCUUCCCUGUCCCCCCUACUGGAUCCUGGACCUCCAUGUCUUAACCACUGGAUCCCACACAAAUCAGUGAAUGGAUCCCAACACCCCAACCACAGGAGCACGAAUUCCCUGUGUACCUCAACACCCAGACCCCACCUCCCUCGAGCACCAGAUCCAGUGUCCUUGUGCAACACUGGAUCCUAGAUCCCCAACCCCAGAUCCCCAUGCCUCAAGCCCUGGAUCUUCAUGCUCAGCUGCUGGAUUCUGGAUGUCAACAGACCUCACCACCGGAUCCUGACAAUCGCAAUGCCUAGAUCCUGGGGCCCUCAUCACUGGAUCCCAGAUCCCCUCACUCCAUCCACUGGAUUCCUGCAUUGGUUUUUUAUUUGUUUGUUUGUUUUUUAACCUUGACACUGGGUCUCACAUCCUUCUACUCUGACUGCCAGAUCCCUACAUUUCAAGCACUACUCCUUCCACCCCCAGCCACUGGAUCCCAGAUCCCCCAAGCCCUCACCCACCAGAUUAUGGCUCCUAAAACAAGUGUGGAGGCCCCAACAGUACAGCAAGUGGAUCCUGGCAACUGCAGCUGCUGGAUUCCACAUUCUAGAUCCCCAAUCCUUCUGUCCAGUCCCUCGAUGUUGAAACCUCAUCUCUUAAAGGCAGACCCUGAUAUUCCAAGGCACUGAAUCCCAAGCCCUUAACCCCUGGUUUCUGGUCUGAAUCUUCCAGGCGCCAGGUCUCACAUGUUCAGGCCCCAAGUCUAGAUCCUGGCAGCCCAAUUACACAGUAUCCCACACACACUGAUGCCCAGAGCCGGCUUCUCGUGACAUGAAAUUGCAUGGUCAAGGGAGCCUGUGGGAAAGGGAGCCCAGGUCCU